GCAGCUGCCCUUCACAACAUUACCUCCGCGGUCCAUCCGAGAAAUAAUGAUCCCCGAGCGGCAGCAGCGGCAGUCUGGGCCCGGAGUAGCUCCCUCCUGCUCGGUCGGUGAGCCAUGAGCAUGCCACCGCUCCGGCCUCCUCGUCCCAGCCUCACCGACAGUCGUUCACCACCAGCAAGAUGUAUUUCAACCGGAGAGCCAAAAAGAUACACAGCGAGGGAGAGCAGUUAGUGUUGACCACCCUUAGGCAGGAGGCUUCUGAACUGCAGGACCCAGGCCAAGGCACCGGGGCUACCAUGCGUGCCUGCCUCACAGACAGGUUUGACAAAACCUCGCCUCUCUCCCAUCAAUCCAACGGUGCAGGACCCGCUUGUUCGUCCGCCGGUUACCGCAAGGCAGAUGAUGAGAUGUCCGGGACCACUUCCCAGGCGGAUCCCAUAGACGCCACGGCGCGGACGGUGCUGCUCAACCGGCCUCAGAAUACCAAGUUCUGCGACAACCAUGUCAGUACCACCAAGUAUGGGGUGCUCACCUUUUUGCCCCGAUUUCUGUAUGAGCAGAUCAGGCGGGCUGCCAACGCCUUCUUCCUGUUCAUCGCACUCAUGCAGCAAAUCCCUGAUGUAUCACCGACCGGUCGCUACACCACGCUGGUCCCGCUCAUUUUCAUCCUCACUGUGGCCGGGAUCAAAGAGAUCAUAGAGGACUAUAAAAGACAUAAAGCAGACAACACAGUUAACAAGAAGAAGACAACAGUGCUGCGUAACGGAUCCUGGCAGACGAUCAUCUGGAAACAGGUGGCAGUAGGAGACAUAGUGAAGGUGACCAAUGGCCAACACCUUCCAGCUGACAUGGUUAUUGUGUCCUCCAGCGAGCCGCAGGCCAUGUGUUACACUGAGACCUCCAACCUGGAUGGAGAAACCAACCUGAAGAUCAGACAGGGUCUCCCACUCACAGCUGGUGCUCAGACCCUGGAGGAUUUGAUGGCUCUGUCUGGUCGUUUGGAGUGCGAAGGCCCCAACAGACACUUAUAUGACUUCACUGGCACACUGCGGCUGGAGAACCAGAAUCCAGCGCCUCUUGGUCCAGACCAGGUGUUGCUGCGCGGCGCCCAGCUCCGAAACACACAGUGGGUUGCAGGAAUUGUUGUCUACACUGGCCAUGACUCCAAACUGAUGCAGAACUCCACCAAGGCACCGCUAAAGCGUUCUAACGUGGAGCGAGUGACCAACAUGCAGAUCCUGGUCUUGUUUGGCAUCCUGCUGGUCAUGGCCCUAGUCAGCUCUGUGGGCGCUGCUAUCUGGAACAGGGAACAUACAGAAGAUGCCUGCUGGUACCUGUCCCGGGCUGGUGAUAUCUCCACUAACUUUGCAUAUAACCUGCUGACUUUCAUCAUCCUGUACAACAACCUGAUCCCCAUCAGCCUGCUGGUCACACUGGAGGUGGUCAAGUUCACACAGGCCCUCUUCAUCAACUGGGACGUGGAGAUGUACUACUCAGAGACAGACACACCGGCCAUGGCUCGAACGUCCAAUCUUAAUGAGGAACUAGGCCAGGUGAAGUAUCUCUUUUCCGACAAGACAGGAACUCUGACCUGUAACGUCAUGCACUUUAAGAAGUGUACCAUUGCUGGAAUUACAUAUGGCCACUUCCCUGAUCUUGAUGUUGAUCGUUCAAUGGAGGACUUCAGCAAUCUGCCAUCCAGCAGCAAUAACUCUACAGAGUUUGAUGAUCCAACUCUCAUCCAAAACAUUGAGAAGAACCACCCUACAUCACCUCAAAUCUGUGAGUUCCUGACAAUGAUGGCAGUGUGCCACACGGUGGUCCCAGAGAGGGAGGAAGACCAGAUAAUUUUCCAGGCCUCCUCGCCAGAUGAAGGAGCGCUAGUCAAAGGGGCCAAAGGACUCGGCUUUGUCUUUACUGCAAGAACCCCCCAUUCAGUCAUAAUUGAAGCUAGAGGAAAAGAGAUGAGUUAUGAGCUGCUGAACGUGCUGGAGUUUUCCAGUAACCGCAAACGUAUGUCUGUGGUGGUCAGAACCCCAGACGGGAAGCUACGGCUGUACUGUAAAGGAGCUGAUAAUGUCAUUUUUGAACGUCUGACUGAGGUGUCCCAGUACAAAGAUUUAACUCUUGCUCAUCUGGAAGCAUUUGCUACUGAAGGCCUAAGGACUCUGUGUUUUGCCUAUGUGGACCUGGAGGAAGACGCCUACCAGGAGUGGCUGAAGGAAUACAAUCGUAUCAGCACUGUGCUCAAAGACCGUGCACAGAAACUAGAGGAGUGUUAUGAACUACUGGAAAAGAACUUAAUGCUGUUGGGCGCCACAGCCAUAGAGGACCGUCUCCAGGCUGGCGUGCCAGAAACCAUUGCCACUCUGAUGAAGGCUGACAUCAAGAUCUGGGUCCUCACUGGAGACAAGCAGGAGACUGCCAUCAACAUAGGUUACUCCUGUCGUCUGGUGACGCACGGCAUGUCCCUCAUCAUCGUCAACGAGGACUCUCUGGAUGCUACACGUGCCACACUGACAACUCACUGUUCGUCCCUGGGCGACUCCCUGAGGAAGGAAAAUGAGCUGGCGCUGAUUAUCGAUGGUCAGACAUUGAAAUACGCGCUGUCCUUCGAGCUCCGCCAGGCCUUCCUUGACUUGGCGUUGUCCUGCAAGGCUGUCAUAUGCUGCCGAGUGUCUCCACUGCAGAAGUCAGAGAUUGUGGACAUGGUGAAGAAACACGUGAAAGCCAUCACGCUGGCGAUAGGCGACGGUGCAAAUGAUGUUGGCAUGAUUCAGACGGCUCACGUUGGAGUGGGGAUCAGUGGCAACGAGGGCAUGCAGGCCACCAACUCUUCUGACUACUCCAUAGCACAGUUCUCCUACCUAGAGAAGCUGCUGCUGGUCCAUGGAGCGUGGAGCUACAACCGUGUUACCAAGUGCAUCCUCUACUGUUUCUAUAAGAAUGUGGUCCUCUACAUUAUAGAGUUUUCCCACCUGGCGGUAUGGGGAAGCAUGGUGCUCUGGAUGGUCUUCUUUGCUGUCUACUCCGCCAUCUGGCCCACCAUCCCCAUCGCCCCCGACAUGCUGGGCCAGGCUGGCAAGGUGAUGCAGUGCUGGCACUUCUGGCUGGGCCUCGUCCUGGUGCCUACUGCGUGUUUACUCAAAGACUUUGCUUGGACUGCCACACGUCGCACUGUGAGGAAGUCUCUUCUGGAGGAGGUGCAGGAGUUGGAAGCUCGGGCCGUUGACCCAGAGGCAGCUGUACUUAGGGAUGCCAGCGGCCGCAGUCUAAACGAACGGGCCCAUCUGCUGACAAGAGUCUUUAGGAAAACACCUUCAAGCGUAGGACGCUCAAACUCGGUGCAGCAGACUGUGUCACAUGGCUAUGCCUUCUCUCAGGAGGAGCACGGCGUGGUGUCCCAAUCCCAGGUAGUGCGCUCCUACGACACCACCCUCCAACGCCCCAGCCUCUAGCCCCACCCCUGACCAAGGCUUCAGCUCACCGUAGCAACGGUUAUCAAGGCGACAGCGGAGACAGACUCACGUGAAUACCCAUCACGCCAGCUGACCGACCCCUGCUGUGGCCUUACUGGAACUAUGACCUGACCCCCCCAAAGACGGGGGGUGGGGGUCACGGUCAGGCGUGGAGGCCGCCGCUGGCGCAUGGAGGACUGACUUGAGAGAAGGGGACCACGCCGACUUUAUGGAAUAAACAUAAUUCUUCAAACUCACUCGAGCUGCACAAGCAUGAGCAAUCAUAUCCACGCACAGACAUGGCGAGUCAAACUCAGAGACUGCUACUCAUAUCUGUAUAUCCCACAGACUGGGUUUGCUUCAUGCCACUGUGCGUUUAUGUGUGUG